UUCACUGCAGCCCGGCUGACGCGGAUGCCUGUUCCUGGGGCUGUUGGACCCUCUCAUCCAUAGGGAGAAGCCAACACGCAGCAGCUUGGCCCGGAUGAAUGACUCUCCAGGCUGUGUUCUGAGUCCAGGAACCGAGGAGGAGCUUCUUCCCAAGGAAAAGGAAAAUGUAUGCCCAGAUCCUUGCCCUGGCAGUGGCUGUGGUGCAGUACAGAGCUGUGGCCAUCCAUGAAGCAUGCAGGACAGCGGAGGUGGCUGACGUUUUAUUCCUCGUGGGACAGUCACAGAGCACAGGGAAAGGCAGCUCUCGGCUGGUCAAGGACUUCAUCAGCAGCGUGGCCCGUUCCUUUGAGAAUGUGAUGAUGGGCAAAGGAGGCAUCCGGCUGGCGGUGGCACUCUAUGGGGAGAAACCAAGGAUGAGUAUUGAGCUCACAGAUUAUGUGACCAUUGAAGAAAUGCUGGUUGCAAUUGAGGAUCUCUCCUUCAAAGGCAGCACCUUAAAAACAGGGUCAGCCCUGGCGUUUGCAGCUCAUGCCAUGUCACGCCUGGACACACUGAGAGAGGGUGCAGCAAAGGUGGUUGUUUUGGUCACGGAUGGGAAAUCCAGUGACUCAGUUGAAGAUGAAGCCCAGGUCCUGCAGGAUGGAGGGGUGACAGUGUUUGCUGUAGGAAUUAAGGAUGCUGACAGGAAUGAACUGAACAAAAUAGCUUCAGAGCCCACUGCAGAGCAUGUGCUUUACGCUGAAGAUUUCCACCUACUCCACAACGUGGCCCCCAAACUCUCUCGAAGACUCUGUGUCACUGCCUCAGAGCCACCACGGCCCACCAAGCAGAUUGUACAAGCAGAGAAGAUCAUCGGCCCCCGGGAUCUGCAUGUCAGUGAGCACAGCCACAGCUCACUGCGCCUCACCUGGAUGCCAGCUACAGGGAGGGUGAUGGGGUACCGUGUCCAUCUGCGUCCCUUGAUGCCUUUGGGACAGCCAGUUUUGGAGGACCAGCGGCAGAUUGUGGUGGAUGGUGACAAAAGCACCGUGUUGGUGACUGAUCUGAAACCCAACACCAAGUACGUCUUCAAGGUGAGGGCUAUCUAUGGAGAUGGCCUUGGGGAGUCAGCAGCUGUCAAGGGGAAAACAACCCCUGUGCCUCCGGUCACUAAUUUCCGUGUGAUAGAAGAAGGACUUUAUAGCUUGAAGGUGGCUUGGACACCUCCACUAGGCAAACUGGAGGGCUACAAGAUCUACAUCCCCAGAGCCAACAGACCAGGAAUGACCUACGAGCAGGUCCUGCAGGGUGAUGUCUCUUCCCAUGUGCUGGAUAACUUGCAAGAGGAUAGAGAAUACAGCAUCAGCAUCUAUGCAGUGUACCCCCAGGGGCCGAGCCAGCCUGUGGCUGCUGUGGGGAGAACAUUGAAGCUCCUGCCUGUGAAAAGCAUCUUGCUGCAGAAUGAAACCACUGACACUGUCCAGGCAAGGUGGAGCCCUGUCCGGGGAGCAACGGGAUACAGGCUCACUUGGACAUCAGCAGAGGGCAGUAUCCAGGACGUGAACCUCAGCAGCACCUACAGCUACUACAUGAUCCAGGGGCUGCAGCCUGGCACAGAGUACACCAUCACCAUCAACCCCAUCUUCGGGGAUGUCGAGGGACCAGUGGUGAGCAGGAAAGCAACAACGGUGGCAUCGAGCACCGUCCAGAUGCUGAAAGUGAGUGAGAUAUCCAUCAACAGUGCUCUGGUCUCCUGGGACUCAGUUGCUGGGGCCACAGGGUACCGAGUGGCUUGGGGUCCUACACCAGAGUUCUUUGGCAAAGACCGUCCUCACCAGCUGGCCCUCAACAAGUCAACCACAGCCUACAAGCUCCGCAACCUGGCCUAUGACACUGAGUACGUGAUUUCCCUCUAUGUGCUCUUUGGCUCUAUGGAGGGACCAGGGAUCACAACCUCAGCCAGGACAUCUCCUCUUGGCUACGUGUCCAAUUUCAAGGUGAUGUCCCACACCAGCACAAGCCUGUCUAUAGGCUGGAGUGCCACAGCAGCAGCCACCAAAUUCAAAGUCACCUGGAGCCCUGUGGGAGCAGAAAAAGAAAACCAGGUUGCCAAGACUCAGUACCUGAGCAGUAAAGUGUUGACUUACAGGAUUGACCACUUGCUGCCCAACACUCUGUAUAAAGUCAGUGUUCAGGCUGUCUUCAGCAAGACCGAGGGGCCAGAGGUGACCCUGACUCACCGCACAGCAUCUUCUGGAGACUUCAACCCCAUCCGGACCAUCCAGGAUCUGAGGAUUAUUGACACUGGCAUAAAUAGUUUGAAGCUGUCCUGGAAGAGACUUCCUGGGGUAACUCACUAUAAGAUAUCCUGGGUGCCAUUCAAUGGUGGCUUGGAAACCUCCCAGCUGGUUGCAGCAGAGACAGACUCCUUCACAAUCCCCAAACUGAAGGAGAGCACCACCUACACCAUCUGCAUGUCUGCAGUGAUCAGGGGAAUGGAGGGAAGCCCCACGCUCCUCACAGCCAAAACCUUGGAUUUACCCAAAGUGACUGAGUUCACAGUGCAGGAGGCUGCAGAGACCAGUGUUUUGCUGGCUUGGAGGGCUGUUCCUGGAGCAUCCAUGUACCUAUUAACGUGGCGCUUGUCCUCAGCUUCUGAUCUUUCCCAGGAACUGUUAUCAGCAGCUUCUAGAUCAUAUCGAGUGAUGGGACUGAGCGCCAAGGAAAUGUAUUUGUUUUCUAUAAGACCAGUCUUUGGAGAUACUGAGGGACCAGAGACAGCUCUCUUUGGGCAAACAGUGGGACCUCACAGAGAUUCACCUGCACCAACCACUCCAGUGAUUUCUACAGAAUUGGAUAUGAUGAGGUCCACAUCUGUAUCUCCUAGCAAUGUGGGGACCACUCCUCUUCUACUGCCCACCAGCACAAAGCUACCACCAACCCCAGAGGCCCCGCUAUCGGCCACUGACGUGUCUGCACUGCUAACGACUGUCCCUGGGCCAAUCUGUGGCAAGCUCAAAGCAGACAUUGGGUUCCUGGUGGAUGAAUCCUCGAGUAUUGGCCAGAGCAAUUUCAAUAAAGUGAAGGAUUUCCUCUUCCGGAUCGUUUCCUAUUUCCCUAAGAUCGGGCCUGAAGGGACACAGGUUGCUGUUGCUCAAUACAACGAGGAGCCCAGGGCAGCCUUCUACUUCAACCAGCACCGUGACCGCAACAGUGCCCUGAAAGCCAUUAAAGAGCUGCGUUAUACUGGAGGCAACACAAGAACGGGUCGUGGUAUUACCUACAUGCUAAAGGAGUUAUUUCAGUCCUCCAAAGGGAUGAGACCAGAUUUCCCUCACAUGAUGGUGCUCGUGACUGAUGGACAAUCCCAGGAUGAUGUGUUGCCACCAGCCAGAGUAGCACAUGCUUUGGGGAUCCGCAUCAUUGCUGUGGGUGUCUCAGGAGCUGACCCCAUUGAGCUCAACAGCAUCUUGCUGCAGCAGAACCUCCAGAACGUUUUCUAUGUCAGCACAUUUGAUGACUUCCCCCACAUCCUCAGAGAGCUGAUAGAAGUCAUUUGUUCUGACCCUCAGCCUUCAGGGGCCCAGCUACCAUCUGGGGAGGUUGCCAGACAUGAAGCCGACAAGCAAUUGCCAUUUGGUGACAUAGAGAACAAGCCACACAUCCCUGAUCCAUCAUCAGCUGAACCACAAAUCCAAAGAGAAGAGAAGGCUUGUGGUCCCUGGUGUUUAAAGAGCUCCAGGGGCCCACCAGCUUAUGGAGGCUAUGACCCAUACAGCUUUACUACAAAGGGAGAGAAAGGAGAGCGGGGUCUACCUGGGAAGGAUGGCAUUCCUGGGCUGCCAGGCAGACCGGGGCGGACAGGUCCUCCUGGUCCCCUUGGACUCAUGGGUCCUCCUGGCAUCAAAGGUGAUAUUGGACCUCCAGGCUAUCCAGGACCAGUGGGACCAAAAGGAGACAGAGGUGAACCGGGCUAUGUCCUAGGAGGAGUGGAGGUGAUUCCUGGCCGCAAUGGGCAGCCUGGACCCCCUGGGCAGAAAGGGCAGCCAGGGGUUCCUGGGGUAGCAGGACCACCAGGUUUACCAGGGCCACAGGGACCACCAGGGAUCCCCAUCAAGGGUGAACCAGGGGAUUCAGGUAUCAAGGGCCCUCGUGGGAGGAAUGGCCUCAAGGGUGACAGAGGAGGCAUGGGAGAGCCGGGGAAACCUGGCUUGCCAGGUCCUGUGGGGCCACAUGGUGUUCCUGGACUGCCUGGACCAAGGGGAGAAAAGGUCAUUACUCAGAUGCUUGCUGAAUCCAUCAACCCAAGGGGGAGACAGAACAAAGGCAUUGCAGGAACUGGCAUUCCCGGCACUGCUGGCAUGAAGGGGGAAGAAGGAGAGCAGGUGUACCUUGGAGAGCACAUCCUGUGGUUACAAAUGCAAAGGGGGGUGAUGGGACCUCCAGGAGCACCAGGACCAAAGGGUAACAAAGGGCAAGGAGGUGUUAAAGGGGAAAAGGGACUCCCAGGACCUCCAGGCCAGAAAGGAGACCAAGGAAACCCAGGAUUUCCAGGUGCUCCAGCUAUGGGGGUUUUGGGACCUCCAGGCAAAAAAGGUGUCAGGGGAGAUAUUGGACCAACAGGGGCCUUAGGACCACAAGGAGACAAAGGAAUCCAAGGAGACAAAGGAGAGAAGGGAAGUCCAGGUUUCGGCAUUCCCGGUCAACCUGGUCUAAAGGGAGACCCAGGCGAUAGGGGAAAUGUAGGUUUGUCUGGCAAACCAGGGCAGAAGGGAGAUAUAGGUCUGAAGGGACAGAAGGGUGAACCAGGAUUACCUGGGAAACCAGGCAAGGCCGGACUAAGAGGUAAAGAUGGAGAACCAGGGAAGAAAGGCACCUCUGGGACCAAGGUUAUGGUGGGGCAUCAGGGGAGGCUGCUAUGCUGCUGCCCAAGCACCUUUGGUCUAUGCAGCAGGAGAGGACUCUCCAUCCUCUCCAUCCGAACGAAAGCCUCCACUCAGAAACAUCCACAUGCAGGAAAAGUCAUGGAGGGGGGUCCACCUGGACUCCCAGGACGGCCUGGGAUAAAAGGCGAUACUGGACAACCUGGAAAGGCUGGUGAGCCUGGGCUGCCUGGGACUCCUGGAAGCAUUAUAUCUUCUCUGGAGAACGCCAUCACCCUGAAAGGUGACAAGGGGGAUCGUGGGAAGGAUGGAUUGAAAGGUGAAAGAGGUCCUCCAGGCCCAAAGGGAGAACCGGGUCCACCAGGCAAAGGAGUGGAAAUGGAGGAUCUAGAGAGGCUUUUUGAAGCAAAUGGUAUCAAGCUGGCAUUGCUGAAGGACCUCUCCAAUGUGCUCCUGCAGAAUGGGCUGGAUGGCCUCAUGUGGCAGCUCGGUGGCUCCAGGACAAGCCAGACCUCCAGGAGAAAGCAGGCAGCUCUGCAUAUCACUGAGCACAGUGGUCCAUCUGCUGGUGGUUCUGAACCUGAGUACCUGUCCCUAGGGGACCCUCCUGAGUCCUUGGAGAAAACAUCUGAGGAAAGAAGGAAGGAGACAGACUCAAAAGGGGCAAACAGUUCUCUCAGCGGUGGCUUGGCUGUGCCCCCACCAGACCCAGAAGAUGAUCUACAAGGAAGCCAGUCCAUGGGGCUUCAGGAGUCCUUGGAGGACAGGGUGGAAGGACAACCAGAGCAGGACACCAGCCAUGAAAAUGUGAAUUCAGAUGAAGGCUCUGCACUCCUAAGGCAUGUUAGAGCCAGGAGAUCUGCUGAGCACAAGGCACACAAGGUUCAUCCCCCUGGUGCCCCAGGAGCUCGGAAAUCCCUGCCUGGAUCUGCGGCAUACCCAGGCCCUCAUCACCCGAGGAGAAUCAAGAAGGAGGGAGCUGGCACAGCAGAUCCUCCCUCCCAUGGCCAAAAGGGAGAAAUGGGAGUUCCAGGAGUCCAUGGAGACAAAGGAGAAAAGGGGCAGCCUGGGGAGAUGGGAGAACCUGGAACAAAGGGCACCAAAGGAGAAAGAGGUGAAAACGGUCAAAAGGGAGAACCAGGAAUUGGGUUCAGAGGUCCCGUUGGUCAGGCUGGGCCACCUGGAUUUAAGGGUGAGCCGGGGGCCCCAGGACCUCCAGGAGCUCAAGGCAUCCAGGGCAUUCGUGGCAACCCCGGCAUCCCGGGGUCCCAGGGGGACAGAGGGGCUCCAGGUCUGCCCGGGAUGCCAGGACAGAAGGGUUUUGUUUGCAAGGGGGAGCGUGGGAAGAGAGGCCGGAAUGGAUUUGCUGGACCCCCAGGACCAUCAGGAUCCCCAGGAAAAGAGGGGAUUCCUGGGACAGCCGGACCCAAAGGCAACAAGGGAGAAACCGGCAUUGGAGCAGCUGGACCAAGAGGUCCUCAUGGGCUGCCUGGUACUCAGGGUGAUGAAGGCAUCGUGGGAGUCCGGGGUCCUCCUGGCAUGAUGGGUCUAAAAGGCUUCCCGGGUCCGAAAGGCGAAAGAGGUGAUCGGGGGCUUCUGGGACCCAAAGGAGAAAGAGGUGAGCCCGUGACUAUUUUUGGACCCCAGGGCUAUAAAGGCAGUAAAGGAGAUCCCGGGGAACAGGGCCUGCCAGGUUUUGAUGGAGACAAAGGCGAGAAGGGAGAGGAUGGGCCUGUAGGAGAGAAGGGACUCAAAGGUGAAGCUGGCUCCAAGGGAGUGAUGGGGCUUUUUGGAGCAAGAGGACCAGUGGGACAGAAGGGGGAACCAGGAGAACCAGGCUUGCCAGGCUCUGCUGGUGCAGCAGGUCUCAAUGGGCAGAACGGGCACAAGGGAGCCAAAGGUGACAGAGGUCUUCAGGGGCAGAAGGGGAAGCCGGGAGAAAAAGGUGAUACUGGGACCUCUGGUGACAUCGGGCAGAAAGGAGCAAAGGGCUUACGAGGGCUUCCAGGACACAUCGGUGCUCCCGGAGCAAAAGGCAUCAAGGGAGAAACUGGCAGUCCUGGAAAACCAGGGAUUCCAGGAUCGGAUGGACCAUAUGGACCAAAGGGUGAACAGGGAGCAUCAGGGGAUGAUGGUGCCUCAGGGAUUCCUGGAGCGAAAGGAGAAAAGGGAACCAAGGGAGUUCCUGGUUUGGGAGGCUUCAAAGGACAAAUGGGAUGGCCUGGAAAGACUGGAGUCGCUGGACCAGAUGGACCUCAAGGGCCACAGGGUGAACCAGGGCCACAGGGUCCACGAGGGAAAAGAGGGAGACCUCAGCUCUGCCUUAGGGGACCACCAGGCAUGGAUGGGCAAAAAGGAGAAAGGGGUGAAAAUGGUCCAGCUGGACAGAAAGGAGAAAAGGGAGAUCCUGGUCUUUCUGAGGAAGAGGUGAAGGAGGUGGUCAGGAGCGAGAUGAGAGGCAGAUGUGAUUGUGGAGGUGAGUUGGGAAGGAUGCUCAUGGAAGGAGGUCUGGAGGCAGCAGAAGUCAACAGGCAGCUCCAAGGGGAUUUACAACCUCAGGAACACCCCAGCAGGGAUGGUAAAAACCAGGAGGAAAUGCUUAACAAAACUCAGAGCAUGACCACAUUGGUGACCUCCCUGAAGCCCUUCAUGAAGCCACCUUCACUUAUUGCAGUGGCUCCCCGGGCGCAGCAGGUAACGGGUCCCUCUCAGCACCAGCGCCGAGAAGCCCACACUCAAUUACCAGCACCCUGCCUGCAGCCGAUGGACGAGGGUUCCUGCCAGCACUACACCCUGCUCUGGUAUUACCAUGCAGAGGCAAACGCCUGCCGGCCCUUCCUCUUUGGGGGAUGCCGAGGGAACAGCAACCGCUUCGAAACCAAGUGGAGAUGUGAGCAGCAGUGCAGAACCUCAGCAGCCAGAGGGAGGUGAUGAGCUGCAAUUGCCUUGUUUAAAUCCAAGAGGAACAGAGCUGGGAGAAGCAUCUCCAGGACACCUCGGAGGCUGGACAAGCACGAGAAACCAUUUAACGUGAUGAGGCAAGGGAUGCUUGGAAAAUGACAUUGGAAAACUCUAAUUAUGAGCAGGAAAUAAGGUGGUGUGAGGAGAGGGAAGCAUCUGAUUGCUCAGAAGAGCAGAGAUGUCCAGACGGUCACAAUUACACCACUCAUCCCAUAGGACUGCUGUGCAAAACACAUACUCUGGAGUUUAUUUUUGUAAAAUAAAGUGUGUUAAUGCUGUUGUAUGUAA